AUGAGGUUUGUACGGGUCGUUUCCUCGCCGUUUGACCGUGUGACCACAUCAUAUCGUCUCUUCUUCAGUUUCAUGAAACCUUUUUUCUUCAGUGUGAGGAGGAGAAAAAAAUCCACUCAGAGGUGAACUCCUGUCUGCUCUUUGUCUGUCCGUGUCAGUGCACAGACAGACUUUAGACCUGUUCGUGUGUUCUCUAACGGCCCACAGAGCAGAGGGGAUGGAGGUCCUCCAGACGGUUUCUCUGUACGAGAGUUUCCAGAAGAGCUCUUCAUGUUUCCUCUGAUGUCAGACUGCAGAGGAAGGAGAGGAGGAAGCAGCUGGAGCGGUUUUUCUCAGAACAUGAAAAAGGAUCUGCUGUCUGUAUAAAAGGAGGAGAGAGCAGCCGUCACACCCAGACCCAGACCCAGACCCAGACCUGGUCCUGAAGAAGAUUAAAGGCUCUCAAACAGAAUCAGAUCAUCCGUCUCCAGGAAACAUGAGGACUCUGCUGGCUCUCCUGAUCCUCACUCUCAUCUGCAUCCAGCAUCACAGCGCAGCAGGUCAGCGUCUCACCUGAGGUUCACCUGAGAGUCAUCUGUGUUUGUGUGUCUCAUGUGUUCAUGUGUUCAUGUGUUUGUGUGUUUCAUGUGUUCAUAUGUUUGUGUGUUCAUGUGUUCCAUGUGUUUUUGUGUUCAUGUGUUCAUGUGUUCAUGUGUUCAUGUGUUUGUGUGUUUCAUGUGUUCAUGUGUUUGUGUGUUUCAUGUGUUCAUGUGUUCAUGUGUUCAUGUGUUUGUGUGUUUCAUGUGUUUGUGUUUCAUGUGUUCAUGUGUUCAUGUGUUUGUGUGUUUGUGUGUUUCAUGUGUUCAUGUGUUUGUGUGUUUGUGUGUUUCAUAUGUUUGUGUGUUUGUGUGUUUCAUGUGUUUCAUGUGUUCGUGUGUUUGUGUGUUCAUGUGUUUGUGUGUUCAUGUGUUCAUGUGUUUCAUGUGUUCAUGUGUUCAUGUGUUUGUGUGUUUGUGUGUUUGUGUGUUCAUGUGUUCAUGUGUUUGUGUGUUUCGUGUGUUCAUGUGUUCAUGUGUUCAUGUGUUUCAUGUGUUUGUGUGUUUGUGUGUUUGUGUGUUCAUGUGUUCAUGUGUUCAUAUGUUUGUGUGUUCAUGUGUUUGUGUGUUUGUGUGUUCAUGUGUUCAUGUGUUUCAUGUGUUUGUGUUCAUGUGUUCAUGUGUUCAUGUGUUCAUGUGUUUCAUGUGUUCAUGUGUUCAUGUGUUUGUGUGUUCAUGUGUUUGUGUGUUUCAUGUGUUCAUGUGUUCAUGUGUUUGUGUGUUUUCAGUCCCGACUGGAGUUAAACUGACCAAUGAGAAGUCCUGCUGCGGACACUUGAAGGACGUGAAGGUUCCUGUCAAACUGCUGAAGACGGUGGAGGAGACCCCCAAAGACUGCAGCCUCCACGCCAUCAUGUAAGUCCUCCACAGGACCUUCAUCUGCAGGGAUCCUGAGCAGCUGCUGCUGAGAUCUUGUCUUCUCUUCUCUUCACUUCUGUGGUUUUUCAUAAACUCUCUCCGCUCAGAUCUUGUUGGUUUUUACUCUCGUUAAAGUAUUUUUACUAAAACUUUAGAUUCUUAAAAUCGUAAACCGACAGACUUUGGUUCCAUCGUUUCUGACUUUCCUGCCAAAUAACUGAUUUUAAAAGAAUCACAUGUGAGAACUUUAACCCACGAGGACAUGAGAGAUGUUGGAUCUUCUUUAUGGACGUGAACUUCAGCCCGCAGUCAAAGCGGAUAUUUCAGUGUCUGGAGGGUCAAACGAUCUUUAAAUCUUCUUCAAACUCUGAAAGCGUCUCUGCAGACAGUCCUGUUACACUGUCUGAAUCUGAGACAGUUUGAAAACACUCCACUAGGGGGAGCCGUUCACUGGUUUUCCUCAUAGACCUGCAGGUCUGACUGAGUUUUGAAUGUUCCGGUUGUUUCCCUCUUCAUGUCCUCUUUGCUGCAGUUUUAAAUGAACUUUGAUAAACUCCUCUGACAUGAACUCGGUCUCUGUUCGGAUCUUUUUCUUCUGUUCUCACGUCAGUGUCUGUCACUCAUCUUUGACCCUUUUCUCCACAGAGUCACCACCGUCUGUGACAGACAGAUCUGCAUCGAUCCGAGGAGCGAUUACGCCAAGAGGCUGGAAAAACUGUGGCCAACUCACAGCCAGAAGCCCAAAUCUGCCUGUCACACCACCGAACUCCCACAAGGGGGCGUCAGCAGGAACCAGACGACUGCUCGACCCUGA